AGCAUCACGAUGAAGCAGGUGUUAAACUCCGUGGAGCUGCUCUCCAUCUGUGCAGAAAUGAAAGUUCACAGCUCAACUCCCUUUUGAAGACGUCAGCAGGAGAUGACGUUCUUUUGAUCCCAGAUGUGAUGAUGGUGGACGUGGACUUUCUCUCCUGUUUUAUGCUGCUGUUGUGAAACGUUUGAGUUGUGCAACGCUGCCGCUCACAACUGGAGCUCUGCCAGCGCCGACUGAACGCAGCCCAUAAGACGCCGCCUGUUCAUGAGGCACUGGCCAGAAGCCAACCAGCAGCUGGGACUGGGACCAGCGGCCGGGACCAUGUGGGACUGGGACCAGCGACUGGGACCAGCGGCCGGGACCAUGUGGGACUGGGACCAGCCCUGGAACCUGAGCUUCGCGGGCUGCGGCUUCAGGAGCAUGUACCACGUGGGGGCUGUGAGCUGCAUCCUGGAGCGGGUCCCGCGCCUGGUCCACGGCGCCGCCAGGAUCGGCGGCGCCUCCUCCGGGUGUCUGGUGGCUGCAGCUCUGGUGGUCGGGAUCCCCAUCGAGCGCUUGUGUGCAGCCGUGCUGCGGGCGGCGCAGGAGGCCCGGGGCCACGCGCUGGGCGUGUUCCACCCCUCCUUCAGUCUGCUCAGGCUGCUCCGUGCUGAGCUGCUGCAGCAGCUCCCGGCCGACGCCCACCUGCUGGCGUCCGGGAGGCUGUGCGUGUCCCUGACCCGGCUGGCCGACGGCCAGAACCUGCUGGUGUCGCAGUUUGAGAGCAGAGAGGAGCUGGUCCAGGUGCUGAUGUGCAGCUGCUUCUUCCCCGUUUACUGCGGUUUCCUCCCUCCUUCGUACCGCGGCGUGCGCUACGUGGACGGAGCCCUGAGCAACAACAUGCCUCUGUUCGAGCAGAGGAACACCAUCACCGUGGCGCCGUUCUCCGGAGAGAGCGACAUCUGCCCCCGAGAGGGAGCCUUCAACCUCCUGGAGACCCACUAUGGCAACGUCAGCAUUCAGGUCAACACGGGCAACGUGCACCGCGUGUGCACGUCCUUCCUGCCGCCCAGGCUGGAGACGCUGGCCGACAUCUGCCACAACGGCCACGUGGACGCUCUCCGCUUCCUGAGGGAAAGAGGUCUGCUCGGAGCGGAGCGUCCGUCCAGCGCGUUGAUGCAGACGGAGCCAGUGUGUUGUGACCUUCGGUACCGCUGGCUGAAGCCCAGAGGCCCAGAGAGCCUUCCAGCUGGCAUCCAACAGAUCCUGUGCAGAGCUUGCAGGGACGGUCGCCACGGCGACAGUCUGGCCUCUCGGCUCACGCUGCUUCCCGUCAAAGUGUGUUGGUGUCUGCUGUCCAUCCUCUGGCUGCCGCUCCAGCUGAUUCUCCUCCUCAUCAGAGGCACGAGUUGCAGACAGACGAGGAGCAGCGGGAGAAAGGAUCCCAAAAGGUGUGAAUAAGACAAGCAGACAUGACCUUCAGCUUAUUAAAUGAGAGAGAAAGAUGAGCUUUACUGAUGUGAUGUUACUUUUCUGUGUCUUCAA